CAUGCCCAUUAUUCAAAAUGAGCGAUCCUCCUUCCAGUCAAUCGUGUCUGCACUCACGCCCACAUCCGAACACCACACACUAUAUCCCCUACCUCCCGAGAUCCGCCACAUGAUCUAUGCCUCAGCCUACGCCCCCAAUACCCGCUCCCGCUGCACAUCCAUCGCUCUCAACCUUGCAAACCCAUCCCACUGGCUCCCGUCCAUCUGCUCGCUGAAUCGCGCAACAUACAUCGACGCCGGCCUGUGGUACAUCUCUGCAGCCUGCUUCAACAUCCCUCUCCCCUCCGCUUCCCAAUCCCUGAAACAAUUUUCCCGCUUCCUCUCAACAUUCCCUGGCUCCUCCGGCUUCGACGCUGUCCGCCGUCUCGAGGUCGAGUACUUCGAUCUCGACCUCCGGCGCCACGACCGCGUGCAGCGUGCCGCGCUGUGGAAGUUUCUGGGAGAGUGCGGGAGAUUGAGGGAGUUGACGCUGCAGUUCCGCGUGAUGAAUUUGCUGGAAGCGAACGUGAGUUGUUACGAUGUCGUUAUGAGUGAUCUCAGGCAGGAGGAUGUGGAUGGUAUGUCACAUCUGCGGUCGUUGAAGGAUGUGGUCGAAGCGUGCGGGGUUGAUAGGCUGUUUGAGGUUGAGCUUGGGGAGCUGAGGACAAUGUAUUUGGAAGUGUGGCCUACGACGUUGGCGGAAGGGGUGGAAGAGGUGACGGGGAGGAGCGCAGUUGUGUUGAUGGCGAUGCCGCUGAUUGAGGAGUUGGUAGGGUACUUGAGGGAAGGAUUUGUGGCGCGCGGGAGGGAGGUUGAAAUUGUGAUUCAAGAUUUGUUCGCUUCGGGGAUGAGGCGGAGGGAGAGUUGAGUGGUUGAAUCUGAGUUUAGUUCGCCGCGGAAUUAGGUUGUGUGAUAUUGUGACU